AUGAGGGUCCGAUCACCUCCCUCGACGCUUCUGCUAUUGCUCCUACCCGCUCUCGUUUCUACAGCCGCCAUUGAGCCCAAAGCGCAAGAUGGAGUACUUGCAGCCAAGGCUCCAGUCGCUGGCGCCGUAAAGGAUUAUACAGCUAUUACCACUUCGACCUCGCGUGCGCCGACGCAGAAGCCUGCUGUUGGCACAAAAGAUGCACCUGUGGAUGGCCUGGACGGAAAACCGCACGCUGGACCAUUUGUCGACAUCACUCCCGAAGACAAGAAGAAGCCUGCAGCAGUCGCCGAGGAUCUGGUCAAGCCUCUUCCCACCUCUCUCUCGAAGCUCAAGGGCAGCGAUGCCACGGACUUCGACGCCAUCCCCGAAAAGAACGACGGAGUUAUGGAUGACGUAAAUCGUAUAGUCCCUAAAGAAGGCACUACUGGAACUGAAGGAGGCGUCACCGAAAGAAACAAGAAAGAGAAGGCAGCACAGGGCGAGAAUGGCGAGAAGGUUGAGAAGAAGCCUGAGACACCCAAAGAAGCACCUCCGCUUCCACACAGUGAGCAAGAGCGCAUCAGCAAGGACUCGCCAGAGAAGGCAAAAGACGCGACCAAUCCUGUCGCAAAGCCCAAGGGAGCACAAGGUCUCGAGAAACCAGCCGACCUCCCCAACAAGCCAUACGAUGACCCAGCGACCGCACCCAAGAAAGCCACAGAGCCGGAUAGUGAAAGGAAGGCAGCACCUCUCGAUACUGGAUCUUCAGGCACAUUGACUCACACUGUGGGCUCCACUCUCAAAGACACAUUACCAUACACAGAAGGAAAGCAACCGGCACCAGUCCUCGGAGAUGGAACAGAAGGAAUCAUUCAGCCGUUCCACUCAUUCGUCCUUGCAUUCACCAUGAUCAUCUUCUCGGAAAUCGGCGACAAGACUUUCCUCGUAGCCGCACUUAUGGCCAUGCGUCACCCUCAGCUCGUUGUAUUCUCCGGUGCCUUCUCCGCUCUCAUCACAAUGACCGUACUGUCCGCCGUCCUCGGUCACGCAGUACCAACUCUUCUUCCCAAGCAUCUCACUGCAUGGCUUGCAGCAGGUCUCUUCCUCAUCUUUGGUGGCAAGCUGUUGCGGGAGGGUCUCGAGAUGGACAAAGAAGCUGGUGUUGGUGAAGAGAUGCAAGAAGUCGAAGCAGAACUCGAAGAGAAGGAACAUCUCGCACGCAAGGAGGGCCGCCGACGAUCAUCUGUCUCGCCAUAUGUGCUCGAGGCUGGUCGUGGUAGAAGAUCCGGUUCGCGCGGUGCCCACAAGUUCCCUGCACGAGCACAAUCACCUUCAUCCGACUCGUCCAGGUCGCCAUCUCCUUCUGGCCGUGGAGCAAAGGCUUCUGUCAGCAACGCACUCGGCGGACUCAACAACCUCCUUGGCCUUCUUCUUUCUCCUGCGUGGGUGCAAACCUUUGUCAUGACUUUCCUCGGUGAAUGGGGUGACAGAUCGCAGAUUGCCACUAUUGCAAUGGCAGCUGGGCAAGAUUAUUGGUGGGUGACGGGUGGUGCUAUUGCAGGACACAUGAUCUGCACUGGUAUUGCUGUCAUCGGAGGACGUGCUCUUGCUGGUAGAGUGAGCUUGAGAGUUGUCACUCUUGGUGGAGCAGUUGCCUUCCUCGUUUUCGGUGUCAUCUACUUUUUCCAGGCUCUGUAUGAUUAG